GGGAUGAAUAAUUCAGCGCCUGGUAGGAGACGUGUCCUCCCUCCCUCUCCUUCCUCCUCCUCCUCCUCCUCCUCACCGGCUCUUGCCUUCUCCACCUCCCCGCCGCUCUCAGUUCUCGUCGUACCGAGCCCCCGGGUGGCACCGGUGGCACCGGUGGCAUCGGAGCGGACCCUUCCCACACCCCUACCCCCCCCACACCCCGCAUCCCAUCGCCGGUAGCCCCCCUCGGCGGCGCGCGGUCGUAGACCAUGGACCCCAAGGACCGUAAGAAGAUCCAGUUCUCGGUGCCAGCACCCCCAAGUCAGCUGGACCCCCGCGCUGUCGAGAUGAUCCGCCGGCGGAGGCCCACGCCGGCCAUGCUCUUCCAGCUCUCCGAACACUCCUCCCCAGAGGAUGAGAACCUGCCCUACCAGCGCUCCGGCGAGGGCUGCCUGCUCAAACCAAAGAGGACCAACCCGUGUGCCUACACCCCGCCCUCGCUCAAAGCGGUGCAGCGCAUCGUCCAGUCCCACCUGGAGAGUGGCCUGUCCGGGGGUGACAGCUCCGACGGCGAGGCUGACGACGGGGACAACGAGCUGGCCCGCGGCUGUGACCCCGACAGCGCCCUCGAGUCUGAAGCCCCAGGGAGCCAGGCCAGAGCCGAGAGGAGCUACUUCCCUGCUGGCCCCAAGGCACACAAGAGGAAAGGAGGGCAGAAGGUGUCCUUCGCCGGUGGCAUAGAGGAGCGCGGCGAGGACCUGAAGUCGCUGAUGGUGUCCGAGAUCCCCGAGGAUCCCGAGGGACUGGAGGAGGAGGAGGAGGAGGCAGCACGGGAGCAGGAGGACGAUGGCACCGGGGAGCGGAGACACGUCGGCUUCGCGGAGGUGCCCUCGCGUCCCAUCGGCACCGAGCGCCACUCGCCCACCUUCCCGCUGGGCACCAGUUAGCUGGCACCGGGCACCGGGCACCGGCCACCCCUCGGCUGCAACAGCUUCGCCUGUGCCCCCUCCUCACCCCAGCUGCCCCCCUCGCCCACUGCCUGCCCUGCCUGCGCUUCGUGUGCCGUGCCAUGCCGUGCCGUGCUGUGCCAGGCCGUGCCAUGCCGUGUCACGCCCUGCCGUGCCGGGCCCCUCGCACGGCCACAGCUGCCCCCCCGCCAAGCUUUGGUGCCAGGGGUCCCCACAGGGCAGGAGCCAGGGCUGGGACCCCCGGGGUGCUGGUGGGAUCUGGGACCCCCACCUUAGCUCCUGCCCCCACCCCCCCAGUUAGAGCAGAGCCCCCCGCCCGCAAUAAACGGCUGU